UGGCUGUGCAUCACAGCUGAGUGUCUCUACCUCAUCCUGCUGUUCACGGGUGGUGUACUCAUGUGGUUAGAGCUGUGUCCUUGCCUCAGCGUCAUGAACAAGCUGAAGCUCAACGCCUUUGCUGCCAUGUUCACCGCCCUGUCAGGCCUUUUGGGGAUGGUUGCCCACAUGAUGUUCACCACGGCCUUUCAGCUGGCUGUGGCUAUGGGUCCGGAGGACUGGAGGCCCAAGACCUGGGACUACAGCUGGUCCUACAUCUUAGCAUGGGGCUCCUUUGCCACCUGCAUGGCUUCUGCGGUGACAGCACUGAACAGGUACACCAAGACCAUCGUAGAGUUCAAGUACAAGCGGCGGAACAUUGAGAAGAACCUGAGGAUCAAGCAGAAGCUGCUGGAGAUGGACCUGCCAGAGCAGAUGUGSGACAUGUACCUGACGGCUGUGCCUGCAAGGGGAGAAGGAAAUGCUGGGCCUCUGGACCUCCCUGUCAAUGGGCACAAACCCUCCACUGGAGCAGCCUAUGUAAUGGGCCUGGACAGCAUGACAGAACCACAGGGAGAGGCCUACUGCUAAGACAGUGGUCACCAACCCUGGGCUUGCAGGGCCCCAUUCCAAUCCUGUUAGGAUGUACCUUCCAUCCUCCCUUCAUUGAGGUUAUGACUGCUCCAACAUGAUUGGAUAGGUUCCAAUUCAAAACACAAAGGGGAGGAAGAAAGGAUACAUUUUCACAGUAUCAGAACAGGGCCUACGAGAUCUAUAAGGCUUUACAGGACCAGGCUUGGUGACCUCUUCAUUAAAAUGACCAUAAAUUGGCUCUCAUAUACAGGAUCCCAAACUCACUGGACUAUAUAGGGCAUAAUGGAUCCCAUUGAGAAGAUCAUUACUAAUAUUAUGGCUAAAGGAACAUGGAGCUGACUGAAUAAACAACACUUGUCCUCAACCUCCUCCUGUAUGUUUCUAGAGCCAAGGCCAUGACUAUUCUUAUCAUUACUGUUAUUCUGGAGCAGAUGGUGAAGCUGUUUUUACAAGCUAUGAUAGUAGUUUUGUUGCCACAUUCGGCAUGGGGCUGCAAAUAUCAGCCAAGUCUAGUUUCCAUAUGGAUGCUUGGUGUACAGAUGGCUAUUUCCAACACGUACAGUAGGUUACAACAUGGUGCUUAUGUUUAUAUGUGCUGUAUGUAAGUUUGUGUUUGAGAGAAAGUUGGAUCUUAAUAUUUGCUUCAGAAUGUAAUGAAGAAAAAGGCAGCARCCAUAAACAUACACAGGAAAUGUAUUGAGCACAAACUUUGUCAGAAAUMAAGGACAAUWCYGACUGUGAAUCUGUCUAUGAUUCUUGGUAAUAUUGAGGAAAUGGGUUUAAAUGCCCCUCAUAACUAGGGAAUAUUUAAAUGAAAACCAACUGCAAACAACUACAGACUGAAUGGAUCAAUGCAGCUGCCUUGAAUUGUCUUGGAUUU